AUGGACUCCGCCCAAAUUCCAGCCGGGACCCCUGCGCCAUAUGGUCGCGCAUGUAUGAACUGUGCCCGUGCCAAAUGUAAAUGCAUCAUUGCUGCAACUGGGACUGGCUGUGAAAGGUGCCAACGCCUGAGCAAAGAAUGCCGGCCUGCGCCCACAGUCCGCAAGCGCAAUAACCGGUCAACGGGUCCCAGCACCUCUCAUCUCGAGGCCAAACUUGAUUGGAUCAUGUCUGCGUUCCAGAAGGGCGCUGCACCCCCUGGUCCUCCCCCUAAUUGGGAGCCUGUAGAGUUAGGACAGAGCCAGCGGGAUGAGCCAAGUCAAUCGACGUCAGCCAUCACUCAAACCCCAAUUAAUCUCUCUACGUCGCCCUCUGUCGACCAGAGAGUGUACCCUACGGUUCUACAUCCCUCGUAUGAUCGGGAUGUCUUGUCGCUGAUCUACGUGCCGCCUGCCAUGGCUCAGCAAUACCUGGACCAGUUCCGCACUCGGAACCUGAGCUAUCUUCCCUUUGUUUACAUCCCUCCUACUAUGACAUCUGAGCAGUUGCGACAUAGGUACCCGUUCUUUUGGGUGUGCAUCAUGGAAGUGGUUACAUGUCGAAAUCCAGAAAAAGGAGAUUCCUUCGGGAGAAUCACCAACCAUAUUCACCAACGGGUUAUGGUCGAUAUUGCGCCGAGCAUGGAUCUUCUGCUUGGAAUCAUGACCUUUGUAUCAUGGGUCACAUACGCCAAAAGGCCAUUUCUCAAUGUAUAUUCACACAUACUAAUGGCAGUUGUUGCGGAACUUGGAAUCAACCAAAGCGUCCCGACUGAAAAUUCAGCUAUGAAUUCAUUCAAAGUUGCUAUCGGGGUAAAGCAAAGUUUACCCACGGCCAGAACACUGGAGGAGAGGAGGGCUGUGUUGGGGUGCUAUCUACUCUCAUUAAGCGCUGCUGUGUCUAUGUCAAGAAUUGACCCUAUGCGCUGGACACCACACAUGGAAGAGAGCCUUGCAAUACUUGCUGAGGCUAGAGAGUGCCCACAGGACGAGCUUUUGAUUGCACAAGUCAGGCUCUAUUUAAUCUUGGACAAGGCGCAUCAACUACGACGUGAUGGUGGAACUCCCCAUUUGCCGGCUUUCUAUUUGGAUACGUUCAGAAAAGAGUUAGACACUCUGAAAAGCGAGAUUUCACCUCACCUUCAACAGCACAGGGUGCUACUGAUGUACCUCUACAACGCUGAAAUUAUAAUCAACGAGAUAUCAUUAGGCCCUCCGCCCAUUGCACACUCCCCCGACCUCCACCGCCUUGACAGUCUUUACGCCUCCCUCCAAGCCACCAAAGGUUGGCUAGACGUAUGGCUCGAACUCGAAGGAGUAGAGUACUUGCAGGUAUCAGUUGUGAUUUUCUACCAAUUCACCCGAGCCAUCGUCAAUCUGUACAAGCUCACCACGCUGAAAGAUCCAGCAUGGUCCAAGGCCAUGGUUCGAGACACGGCCAAUAUCUUGGAAUAUCUGAACAGAAACGAAGCAAUCAUCAAAAAGUGUUCAGAAUACCUCACUUUCGACCAGAACAGAGAAUUGAAUCUUCUCGAGAAGGGGUUGAGGAUGGUGCAAGGCAUGAAAAUGAACUGGGAGCCCAAAUUGAUGGAAAUGUGGCACCCGAAUAUGCCAGCAAAUAGCGGCAUUGACGGUGGAAUAAUUCAGCCUGAUGCUAUACUUCCGGAUGUCCUGCCCAUGAGUGGGAUUGAUGAAAGCUGGAUGUUGGAUUUCCUCGGAUCCUUGUGA